CGUUUCCAGUGUAUAUGUUUUGUGGUUAUUUUGUGGGAGGUGGGCAGGUGGGAGGUUGUUUUGUUGUUUGUCAAUGUCCGAUGUUAUGGAAAGUGAGGAAAGACCAAAAUAAUUAUAAAAAACAAGCUGUCUAAAAACUGUUAUAAUUGUUUAGUUCUUUUCAUAUGGUUUGAUACAUUUAGUAUAUCGACGUCAAGAUGGCUGAAGAAGAAUUCCGAAGCUCUCUUACACAUGUUUUAGAGCAGCUUUCCGACUUUGGGAAUGCUAUACAGGCCAAGAGCAGUAGACUUAUGCGUGAAAAUGAAAAUAAUACUGAGUUAGACAUGAAUAGUAUGCAAGCUAUUGCUCUCAGUUUAGUAAAAAUGCUGCGAAAAAUCAAAGGCAAUAACUUUGCACUACUCACUGUUGUUGAGAGCUAUAUUGAACAGCUAAAUGCAAGUCACCAAUCUGACCUUUUCCAAGAAGUUAUUAAAAAGAUCCAUGAAUGCAAAACAUGUACAGUCAUAGUAGAAAAUGGUAGAACACAAUUUUCUCAACCAGUUGAUAAGGCAGUGAUGGUUAAUCUAGGUAGAAAUGGUAGACCCGCCAAUCUUUCUGAUGAAGCAAUGCUUAAUCUUGAUACUAGCCAUAAUCAGCAUGCUGAUAAGGAAAUAAUUAUUGAUCUGGAUGAAAUAGAAGCUGAAAGUGACUCAAGGAGUGUUGAUGCCAAAAUAUUUAAUAUGUCUUUGAGAAAAAAAGGAGGUAGUUGUGACACUGAAGAUACUGAUGAUGCUUGGCAGGAUACACUCAGCAGGAAUAGUGUGAAAAAGGAAAUAAAAUCGGAGGAUGUAUCUCCUACUAACCUCGGUUCUAAUUCCCUUAAUAUAGAACCUGAAGUGGUGCAAUAUUCUGAGGAAGCUGACAAAGAUGGUCCUAUUGAUGGCUCAAAUGCAAAGAACACCAAUGAUUCCAGUACUUCAUAUUUAGAUGUUGCUGUUCCUGUGUUAGUGCCAGAUGUCAAUGCAGAGCCAAGUACUGCCCAUAUGAGUACUGAGAGUUUUUUAAUUGAAGCAGACAAUGAUGAAGAUGAUAGGUUAAUCGCAUCUCAAGAUUAUGUCCCAGAAGAGUGUGAAAUGGAAAUGGACCUGGUUGCAGAUACCCACGCCCAAAGUCUUGACGAUGAUGAUGAUGCUAGUUCAAUAUGGUCAACUGAAACUGUUGUGGUUGAUCGGGGAAAAGUGCAUAAACUUGAUGAUUGUGAUGAUGGCGACUCUACGGAACUACCACCAACACAAGAUGUCACCGCUGAUAAAAUUGAAGAAAAUGGCGAACACCGAAAUGAAGCACCAACCAAAACUGAGGAAGUUUCUGAAAAAAUGGUAUCAGGGUUUCAAGACUCAGUUGAUGUAAAUGAACAUUUGAUCGCCAAACCUACUGUAGAAAUAUCUCCAAGCGUAAAUGACACUAAUGAAAAGUCUGGACCAGUACCUGAAACUGCUGAUUCUCCGCAAAGUGAAGCAUCCCCUGUACAGAGUGGGCAACUGAUAAAUGAACCUACCGAAGGAAUGUCACCGAGUGUCCUUGAGACCAAGAAAAAGGCUGAGGAAGGUGACGAAAAAUCAGAUACUCAAUGAUUCAGACGAGACUAUAGUGCCUAAAACUACUGAUUCUCCGAUAAGUGAAGCAUCUGCUAAUCACAAUGGGCAUCUAAUUGAUGAACCUACUGGAGAAAUGCCACCAAGUGUCAAUGAAACUAAUGAAGAACCCGAGGAAGAAAACGAAAAAUCAGGCAUUAGGGACUCAGAAGAGACUAUAGCGCCUGAAACUGUUGAUUCUCCGAAAAGUGAUGCAUCCUCUAGCCAAGAGACGACACAUCGCUCUCCACAGCAUAACCCAGCUGAUGAGCAGGCCAUUCAACCAAAUGUAAUCAUAUCUCCAAAUGAUCGAAGGAAAGAGAAAAUACUGAAGCAUUCGAACACUAAAAACACUGAGAACGGCGAGGAAAUUGCACUACACAGUCAAAUUGAGACAGAUAUACUCAGUCUCGACCUAGAUCAAGAUGUAUCAUCUGUGGAUAACGCUAUUAAUGUAGAAAGUACUUUGGAAGAACAGACGCAUAUCUUACCUGAUGCGGCUGACAUUCAGGGGAAUAACAUUGAUGAUCAUAGAUCGCAAAACAAGAAGAUUUGGGAAGAAGGCACAGAAAAGCGUAAUAUGUGUGAAGAUGGUGAUCAUAUGGAAGAUGUGGAAUCUGAGAUUCAGGAAAAGAAUAAUGAAAAAGAACCUUCAGACGAAGAUGUUCUGGAUAUUGAUGAUUAUACGAUAUUACAAGAUGAUAACAUAAAAGAAUCCCUAAAAGCAUCCCUUUUGGAUGAUAUCAUUAUAAUCGACGAUAGUUCAAAUGAGUCCGGAUUAGAGAAUGGAAAGGAACCUGACCCUGAUCAUGUACCUGCAGGUGUCCGUAUAAACGAGAAAAAAGAAGAUGAUUUGAAAGAUGAUGUAGAAGAUUCGGCUACAGAAGGAAUUUUAAAAAAGGAUUUCGAAACACAUGCUGUAGAAGAGUACACAUCUGCGGAGGAGAAAGAUGAUCAAGAGCAUUUGGUAAAUAAAAUCCUGGUUAAAGAGAAAGAUAAUGACAGUCAAAUUGAUGAAACUUCGCAGAAAGGGGAAAACGAAUGUACAUCUGGAAAUCCUGAUGACAUUGAAGUGAAUGGUGAAAUAAUAAUUGGAAAUCAACCUAGAAAGCACACGUGUGAAGCAUCUGGUGAUACAGGCAUCGAAAAGGGUAUAUCAAGUCAAUCUGAAGAAAUUCCAGAUGCAGAAACUGUUAGCCGUGAUGUUAACGAAACGUCGAAUGAAGCAAUGACUGAUGAAAGUAAUACACCUACAGCAGAUAAUGAAAAGGCAAGCUUUAAUGCAAGUCAGCAGAACAAAGAGAAUAUAACAGAUUUUGAUUCAGAUAUAACCUGUAUUAAAGAUAGUCACAGUACAUUAAAUCCUCAGGACCAACAGAAUUCUACAGUUAUUGUCUCUCACGUCAAAGCUGUUGAAAAAAUUGUAUCUGACUCAAGACCUGAUGGUAACGUAUCGGACUGUGAUUCUUUCAUCUGUGAUGAGCAAAGCAGUGGUGGGAAUGCGUUGGAAACUGAAGAUGAUUCGCAGCACAGUGACCAGAGAGUUGGCUUAGAAGAUAUAGUUAAUGGGGAGUCUACAACAUCUGAUAUACAGGAAGAGUCUGUACCAGAAUGUGAUAUUGACACGGACAGCGAAAGCACACAACUUGUAGAUAUAGUUCUGGAAGAGAUCCUAGAUACUACCGUUACAUCUGCCAAAGAUUGCGCUGAUUCAUAUGAUUCAGAGACGGAGGUAUGCGUAAAAGUAGAGCCGAAUGACCAUGACGCAGACCUUGAAGACACCGAUGAACUCGAGGAAAGAGAAUCAAAAGGCAAACAAGAUGGUGCCAGUUUUCUGGGAGAUGAAUUGUUGGAGCUGUUCCGGGAAGUGGAAAUGAGCAAGCAAGGUGUCGACGAGCACGCGUACGCAAAAAAUACGGAAAAAGUUGAAGAAGACAGCGAGGACGCUUUGUCAGACUAUGAAAGCGAUGACGCUGAGGCUAUCUUCAAAAAUAUGGUAGAUGAUAGCUCUGAUACGUCAGAUUCUGAAUCCAUUGAUGAGGGAGCUCUAAGCAGUAUUUUGGAUGACUCUGACGUGGACUUGAUCGAAGAAAAACCUAGUGACCCUUUGUUAAAAGAAUUUGUUCAAACUGAAAUCAGCUAUCUGAAACAAGACUUCAUGAUGGCAUUGAAGUUGAAAGAGAAAAAAAUGAACAGAUGUUAUGUUCGUUUGGAAAGACUGGAUUUGGCAGCCUCAUCAAAGACUUGUCAAAAUAAGGCUAACCAAGAUGAUGCUGUAGAUAGGUUAUGCGAUUUGACUACGUUGGACAAAAAGUUGAAUUCGAAUGAUUCGAAAGAACAAUCGUCACCUCGUCAUCGUAAAAAAAGAAAAAAAGGUCAAACUUCAGACCUGAGCGAAGACUUACUCGACUCGAGUAGCAGUAGUAGUGACAGCGACGUGAAAGCAUGGAACAGUCGAGGAUCAUCCCCAGAGCUUAAUUCUGAUGCCGAGGAAAGACUGGAUAGCAUGUUAGCGAGAGCUGUGAUGAAACGCAUGGGGGAUGACAGCAUGGAUAGUGAUAGCGAACAGAGUGACAGAGAGGAGGAAGUGAAAAAAAAGGGGAAACAAGGUUAUAAGGAAGCUAAAGAAAUACCUCAGAAAGAAAUGCCGGAAGAGGAGAAAGCGAAGAAAAAAUGGCGAAAUGAUAAACUACUCAGGGAAAAAAUAGACUCUACUGACUCUAGUGAUUCUAGCACCUCUAGUAGUUCAAGCAGGUCUUCUAGAAAAAAGAUGAGGAAAGGAAACAGGAAAUCUAAGUACGAGGAUGACGAUCCGGACUACAAACUGGAUUUUAACGAAAGUUCAGAUGAAGAAAAAAAGAAAACAAGAAUGUCACUUAAAGAAGAAAAAUCGAAUAAGUCAGAUACUUCAGAUGAUAGCUCUGUAGAACAAAUCAAUUUAGACGAUACUACCGAUAAUGAUAGCGACGUCGAAUUCGUCUUUAAAGAUGAGGAGGCAUCCUCAUCGCUGGAACUAACCUCCAGCCAGAAAGGACACCGUCGUAAUAUCCGGGCGUUGAUGUCGGACGCGGAUCUCGAGGUGGCCACUUUGAGGGCCAAAGAGGCUGAAGAGGAGAGAAUCGGCCGGUUAAAGACCAAACAGAAGUUGAGGGAGUCCUUUAGUCAGUGUUUGUCGCAAUCGUUCAGCGGCACCGGUAUCACAACCGAUGGAGAGGAAGAUUCUGGAGUUAGGGGGGAGGAGGAAAUACCGAUAGAUGAGGGAUUGGUGUUGGAUGUGGAUGAGAAGACCAACAAGGCGCUGGUACAGGUCGAUCCAAAACUGAUCAAAAUAUUGAAACCUCAUCAAAAAGAGGGAAUAAAAUUCAUGUGGGAUAAUUGCUACGAAAGUUUAGAAAGGAUAAAAGCCAAAGAUCAUGGCGCUGGUUGCAUCUUAGCUCAUUGUAUGGGAUUGGGCAAAACAUUACAGGUUCUCACUCUGAUUCACACCCUUUUCGCGUACAAGGAUACAGGCACAAAACACGCUCUCGUAGUUUGUCCUUUGUCUACAGUUAGCAAUUGGAAGAAAGAAGUGAGACUGCGAUUCAAGGAUAUACAGAAGAAUUUCGAGGUGUUCACCAUUGGUUCGACCCAAGAAAUCGGAAUAAUUAAGCAAAAAGGGAUAAUAAAACAGUGGUAUUGUGCAAAGAGAUCUAUUCUCAUCAUGGGAUAUGAAAGGUACGAGUGCCUCACAAAUGAGGAAAAGCUAAACAAACUAGCAGCUGAUUUCAAAAGUCUUGUAAUCAAUGCAUUAGUCAACCCAGGUCCAGACCUUAUAGUGUGUGAUGAGGGGCACUUGCUCAAAAGCAAAAAAGCAGUCAAAGUGCAGGCAUUGAAUAAAGUUCGUACGAAAAGACGGAUUGUACUUACUGGGACACCUCUCCAAAAUAACCUUAUUGAGUAUUAUUACAUGGUUCAGUUCGUAAAACCUAACUUGUUAGGAAAUUUAAAAGAAUUUAAAACUAAUUUUGUGAAUCCUAUUACAAAUGGACAAUACAUAGACUCUACAAAAGAAGAUAUAAAAUUGAUGAAGAAAAGAACUCAUGUUUUGCAUAAUUACCUCAAACAAACAAUACAGCGAUUCGAGGAUACCGAGUUACAGACGUACCUGAAAAAAAUGCACCACUAUGCUGUGUUCGUCCAGUUGCAUCCAGUGCAAGUGGAAUUUUACAGAAAAUUCCUAGAAGUCGUUUUCACGGCACAAAUGGAGCAGGGUAAAGCUUACACUCACAAGGGCUUCCUUAGCGAUUAUGGCAUAUUUCGGUAUAUUUGUACACAUCCGUAUCUUCUAAAGAUUGUGGCCGAAAAACCAAAGAAAAGCGACAAAGAACAAGAUGUGAUAAUAACUUAUGAGGAUGGCGUCACAUGUAAGGACGUAGGCAAAUGGUGGAAAGAUUAUAUGCCUACAGAUGCCGAAAAUACCAUCGAGUAUGGUACCAAACUGCUUGUGGUGAAGCAUAUACUGGAGGAAUGCGAAGAAAUCGGAGAUAAAGUAUUGAUAUUUUCUCAAAGCCUAGGCGAAUUGGACCUGAUAGAACAUUUCCUUAAGAAAUGCGGAACCUCAAAAUGUCCAUCUUGGAAAAAGGGCAUUGAUUAUACCAGGAUGGAUGGCACUUGUAAACCAGAAAGCAGAAGCGAAAUCUGUGAUAGAUUUAAUAAUAAAUCAAAUACUAAGUUGAGGUUACUUCUAAUAUCAAUUCGGGUCGGUGGACUUGGUUUAAAUCUAACCGCUGCUAAUAGAGUUAUUACAAUGACAGUUAGUUGGAAUCCGUCUUACGAUUUACAAAGUGUAUUUAGGGUAUAUAGGUUUGGACAAGAGAAGGCUGUGUAUGUUUAUAGACUGAUAGCGUUGGUAAGUACAUUUUUAACCUAUUGCACCUGUGAUAAUUUACAACUUGCAAAAAUACGACACAUAUAGAUGGUGUCCCGAAAGUAUGGAUUCAUCAAAAUGUUGAAAAAACAUGUUUCAUAGAGAAAAAUGUUGCAGAAUAAAGUUGCAAGGUUUGAAAAGGAUCAUCCAAUAACGACCUUGACUAAGACGUUUAAGGUCACUAUUGGAAAUGUAAAGUCCUUCAGUUAAACGUCAUUCUAUGGUGUCCAAAAUAUCUCGAAAAAUAUACUACCCAGAGAAAAUGUUGCAAAUCGAAGUUGAAAUCUUUUAAAAAGGGUCAUUAAAUGGGAAUCUUGAACAUGACCUUGACCACGACCUAUGACGAGUAGGAGUACGUCGAUAAAAAAUGCAUACAUAACAUUUACGGUCAUAGUCAUACGGACAUACUUAAAAAUAAAGUUUUCUUCUCAUACAUUUCCGCUGUCAAAAAUAGGAAUUUCCUUUAUUAAGAAAGCUGUCUUGGACUUGAAAUGAUCUUGAACAAUGUGACUUCAACCUAACAAAGAAACAGUGGCGCAGGUAGGAUUGAAUUUGCCUCUAUCAGUCGAUCCUGGAAGCUGGUUGACAGCUGGUGGUGUAGACUAGGUCAGCUCCACGGAAUGAAGGAGAUGCGGGUUUACGCUCAUACGAAAAAUCAUAUCAUAUUCAAUGCAUUUUCCUCUUUCCUCUUAAUGCUUACUCCUAAAUUUGCCAAAAUUAUUUUUUAGGAUACUAUGGAAGAAAAAGCAUAUCAACGUACAGUAACGAAACUGGCUGUAGCUCAUAGAGUCAUAGAUAAAUAUCAAAUCAAAAGGCAUUACAAGAGUGACGAUCUUCAAGCCAUGUAUGAGUGUUAUCCAACGGCAGAUAAACAGAGGCCAACGCCUAGUGUACCUGAGGACGAGGUUUUAGCAAAACUGUUGCUCAAAUUGCCUGUAAUAUAUAAAUUCCACGAACAGCAAGCCCUACUAGCCAAUAGGCCUGAAGAUGAUCUAAACGAGCAAGAGAAAAUAGCUGCAUGGGAAGAAUUUGAGAAAGAGAAAAAUGCACAGAAAGCCGCAAAAGAGGCUGCAGCGUUAGCCGCAACGUUCGCCAAAGAAGCUGCGGUGGCUUCAGCCGAAGCCAUGACUGCGUUUGCAGCGACCACCAAAGACUUCAUGAACACCGGUGGUGCAGUGCCCAUUACUUCCCCUGGGCCAACGUUCAGCACGGCGUAUUCUCUCUGUCCACCUAGCAGCAGUGGCACUACCAUUGAGCCUAAUCAUCAACCUACAAACUACCAAGGACAUGUCGAUGGAGUUAAUCGUGGCAGUGGACAGAAUGUUGCUGAAGGAUCAGCACCUCUCACAUCCAGCCAGGCGUACAAUUUUCCGCCCAGUUCUCGUAGCAGUGUGGAUUUAGCCAAUAAUCUCAAUGGAAAGCAAGUAGAUGUUAAUAAGAACACACUACAAGCCAAUGGCGUCAUCAUGAACCCUACACCGGAGGUCCAAAAAUUCAAUAAGGCGUUGAAACAGUUCUUCCAACAGAGUGCCAAGAAUGUUCUCAACAAUACACUACAACAAACGCGCCAACGACGUCAAUUGGAUGGAGCACUCCAGCAGAAUACGAACAAGCAACCGCAAAUAGUCAGUCCGUGGCACCCAAAACGCGUGGACGAAACACCUAUUGAUUUGACAAAUGAUAAAUCACAACGUCGAAACGCCACAGAUGCCGCACCCAAGGAUCCGUUAUCUAUCGCUUCAUCCGAAGGAGGCGGUACUGCGAAUGUUCCUCCUCAGAACUGGUACAACGCAUCUAUGAAGUGGAUGGAUCAACAAAAGGCCAAUCUUGUCGAACGCCUCAACAAUCAAAACCAAAAGGAGAACCAACAGGUGGCUCGAUCGAAGAACAUUCUAAGCAAGAGGCCUCUGAUGACAUACAGCAGGAGUAAUGAUAAAGAUCUAGUUUCGAUGGAUCACGCAUAUUCAGCUGCAUCCAAUGCCGUCAAAAGGAAAAAUGACGAUCAUACCAAUGGUAGCACUGCGGCGAAGAAGAAGAAACGGGUGUUACGCAUGAACCCCUGCGCUUUGCUGCAACCGGCCAGCAAACAGGCUGUAGCGACAGCCUCAAGAGUCACAACGGCCGCCCCCACUGCAACAGUUGUCGACCUGAGCGAAGACGAGGUGGAAGUGGUCGAACCGCACGACGACAUUAUCCACACUCUCAAUCGGAGCGGCAUCACUGUUACGCGCGCGCCUUCAAAGAAGAAAAAAUCUUCUAAUGAUGUUAUCACGCUUGACUGAAGAACUGCUCCUAUUAUUCUAUUUAUUGUCAUGUGUCUCGUUAAAAGUAUAUAAAUUAAAAUUUAAAAACAUAUAUGUUAUAAAUCAAUACUUUUUUUGUAAAACAUCACCCCUUGCAAUGAC